UGUUGACUGAGAGGCAACUCAGGAGUCGGACAGUCCCAAGACCUUAUUAUGAGGAAACCAUUAGAGGAUCUUAUCCCAGUGUGGAAUCAGGGAGUGUGUCCUUCCUAUCAGGUUUAGUCAUGGGCGUGGCCAUUCCUGCCACGCCAUAGCUCUGAGACAGCCCAUUGGACCACUGAGUCAUCCAUCAACCAUGGUCACCAUGGUUUCAGCCAAUCAGCAGCCAAGAAGGCAUCAUGUGAGGAGGAAACUUCGUGCAUCACGGAUCCUUGGGUUUGUGCUGAGCUUGUUCGCAUUCUCUCUGCUCCUGUGUUGGAGUGCCUUCAGAAGAAGAGAUGAGCCUCAGCACCAUAGAACUCCACGCUCCACCCAUCAGGAUGGGGUGGAGCUUCCCACACCAAUGAUAGUGGUGAUUGAUCACCAUGGAGAUUAUCCUGAGGAUUUGUUCUCUCUAGAGGAAAGGCGUCAGGGUGCUGUGGUGCUGCACAUAUUUGGGAUGCUGUACAUGUUCAUCUCACUGGCCAUAGUGUGUGAUGAGUUCUUUGUCCCAGCACUUACUGUCAUCAUAGAGAAGCUGGAGAUCUCAGAUGAUGUAGCAGGUGCCACCUUUAUGGCAGCUGGAGGCUCCGCCCCUGAGCUCUUCACAUCUGUCAUUGGUGUGUUCAUCUCGCACAGCAAUAUUGGAAUCGGCACCAUCGUAGGCUCUGCCGUCUUCAACAUCCUCUUUGUGAUUGGCAUGUGCGCACUGUUCUCACGUGAGAUACUCAAUCUCACCUGGUGGCCACUCUUCCGUGAUGUCUCUUUCUACAUCAUGGACCUCAUCAUGCUCAUCUACUUCUUCUUGGACAAUUAUAUCACCUAUCUGGAGAGCAUGGCUCUACUAGGAGCCUAUUGUUCCUAUGUGCUCUUCAUGAAAUUCAAUGUCACUGUGGAGAUGAUCAUCAAGACCCUGAUUAACCAGAACCAGGUGGAUGCAUUGGAGACUGUGUCCAAGGUCAGCAACGCUGGAGAUGAUGAGAACAAACUCUCGGCCAAGCCCCAUCUCCAGAGAGGUGUAAGCUCUGCUUCUCUGCACAACUCACUGAUGAGGAACAGCAUCUUCCAGCUCAUGAUCCACACACUAGAUCCUCUCAGUGAAGUAUGUUGUUGUGUUUCAGGGAAAUUCAAGGACAAAGCUUCCAUUCUGCACAACCUUGCAAGAAAAAAGGGAGAAGAUGCAAUAAACGGCAUUGUGGAUAAGAAACUCCCUAACACAACCAGUGUAGAGGUAGAAGUCACUCCACCAGUGAACGGCAGCAUAGCACAACAGGGUGAUGAAGGUGAAGAAGAUGAAGACCAGCCUCUCAGCUUAGCUUGGCCGGAGACGAGCCAGAAGCAAGUGAUAUACCUCUUCGUUUUCCCCAUUGUGUUCCCACUGUGGCUCACACUACCCGACGUCCGCAGAGAUACUUCAAGGAAGUUCUUUCCCAUCACAUUUCUGGGUUCCAUCAGUUGGAUUGCUGUCUUCUCCUAUUUGAUGGUGUGGUGGGCUCACCAGGUUGGGGAGACUGUUGGCAUUACAGAGGAGGUCAUGGGUCUGACGAUUCUCGCAGCAGGAACCUCCAUUCCUGAUCUCAUCACCAGCGUCAUUGUGGCCAGGAAAGGUUUAGGAGAUAUGGCCGUGUCGAGCUCAGUGGGUUCCAACAUAUUUGACAUCACAGUGGGUUUGCCCUUCCCCUGGCUGCUCUACUCUGCCUUUCACAACCUGAAGCCAGUAGCGGUGAGCAGUAAUGGUCUGUUCUGCGCCAUCGUAUUGCUCUUCCUCAUGCUCAUCUUUGUCAUCGUCUCCAUCGCCGUGUGCAAGUGGAAAAUGAGCAAGCGACUCGGCUUCUCAAUGUUCAUGCUUUACUUCGUUUUCCUCGUGAUCAGUGUCAUGCUGGAGGACAAGGUCAUCACCUGCCCCAUCUCCAUCUGAGGAGCCUCAGGGGAAUAUGUGUUGCCAAGCAGAAAAUGUAGGCACAACAUUCAACCUGUCUCUAUCUGAGGGUCUUUGAGACAAUACGCACAAAGGAAUAAGCAGAAACUAAACAGAACAAGUACACAAAAUGCAGAAAGUCCUGACAGAAGCUACCAAGUAACCACAAGGACACUAUGAACAAAAUAUUCAGAAAUCAAACAGGAACUACUACAUUCACAGAUAAUGACAGAGAAAAAGGCACAGUAACUACACAGUAAAAUAUACGGAAAAUGACUGAAAAUGUCCACAGAAGGUUAUACAGAAAGUACACAAAUAGUUUGAUCAGUUGUUUGUAAUUUGUCCAAUUACACAGUUACUAUACAGAAAUUAAUUAGAAAGUCAUAAGGAUAGCUACACAGAAACUAAAAGCAAAACAACACAAUUAGACCAAAAAAACAACAAACAGAACAGUAACCUACAAAAAAAGAGGCAAACUACACAUAGACUACGUGAAAGCAUACAGAGAAACUGCACAAACUCAUCUCAUCUCAUUAUCUCUAGCCGCUUUAUCCUUCUACAGGGUCGCAGGCAAGCUGGAGCCUAUCCCAGCUGACUAUGGGCGAAAGGCGGGGUACACCCUGGACAAGUCACCAGGUCAUCACAGGGCUACUGCACAAACUAUACAGCGAAAACAAGUAAACUACACAGAAACUACACAUCAUCAUGGAGAAACCCAGAGGGACCAGUGCUUCAUGUGCUGUUAAAAGAUGAAGCAUUAUUUCACAUAGUUAAGCAUUGUUAACUUUUCCUGAGAGAUUAACAUGCUGAUCAUGCAGCAGAUCCAGACUGCUAUGCUGUGAGGAAUGAACUACAUGGACUUUUGGACUAUUGAGAGACAUUGUAUGGAAACAGAGAAGUAAACUUCAGCUCCUCAGGGAUGUUCACAAUAAAAGCUUCAGGACUUACUCUGAAUAAAUCAAGGCUGAACCUGAACCUGAACACAAGGGCAGGGCAAUCGAAGUAUUUCCUUUGAUUGUAAUGGGUGGAGCUUAAAUGAUUUGUUUUGCGUGCACUGUAUUAUUUGAACAUGGCUGAUUUAACAGCAUUCAUUAGUCAUUAGAGUUCAGAGACUGUGCAGAAUGGCAUAAAUAUUAUUACAUAUUUAAAUCAUAUCAUUUUACAAAUACUGUACUGCCCAACACCACUGCCUGCGGUAUUUUCACAGUAUCAGUAUGUUGAAUAUAACGGAUCAGUCUGUGAUACUAAACACAAUAUCAUAUUCUUCUUAUUCUCAUUUAAU